AAAUCAAUAUCACUUCAGAACAGAUUAGAAUGUAACCUAUAGCAUCAAUCUCAGUUUUACACGUAGGCUACGUUAGGGUAUGAGCUAUGAAUUUUGUUGUGCACUAAUUAGGGUCCUCAAGGUGGCAACACUGGCCCGAGCCGUUGCUUUCACAGUCGCAAAAGAAAUCUACCGAAGAAGACAACAAAAGUCGCCCGCGUUCACGAGCGCCUGUGAGGGGAUUAAAAGCCGUUCACGCUGUUGAUGUGUUUUUCAAACUGAGAAGAAGAAGCAAGCAGGAGGAAUUACUUCAGUAGAAACUACUGACAUACUAUUGUAAAGAUGGAGUUUGAGGAAGAGCCCUGCAGAAUAAAAGAUGAAGAUACAGAGGAACAAACAGACCCGAUGGAAGUGAAUGAAGACAAACAACAUCAAAAAUCUCAUCAUUUCACAAAUGAAGAAGGAAACACAGUCAUUUCACAGAUUGAAAAGUGUUUCUCACAAAAACGAGCUCGAAAAACUGGAGUCAAAGAAUCUUUCACCUGCACUGAGUGUGGAAAGAGUUUUAGACAAAAAGGAAACCUUACUGUGCACAUGAAAUAUCACAACAGAGAAAAACAGUUCAUAUGUAGUCAGUGUGGAGAGAGUUUCAUGUAUAAAUCAAAGCUCGAAAGACACAUGAGAAUUCACACUAGAGAGAGGCCUUAUACAUGCACUCAGUGUGGAAACCGUUUCAAUUACAAAGGACAAUUAAUCGAUCACAUGAGAAUUCACACUGGAGAAAAACCGUUCAUAUGCACUCAGUGUGGAAGGAGUUUCGCUCAGAAAAAAAACCUUAAUACUCACAUGAGAAUUCACACUGGAGAAAAACCGUUCACAUGCACUCAGUGUGAGCAGAGAUUCGCAUCCAAAACCGCUAUCACCAAACAUCUGCACCGUCACUCUGGAGUGAGGUCCUUCAGCUGUGAUCAGUGUAACAAAACAUUUGUUUUUGAAUAUAACCUAAAAAUACACCUUAAAGUUCAUAGUGGUGUGAAGCCUCACAUUUGUUCUUUUUGUGGAAAGAGUUUUUUGCAUCUGCACUCUUUACAAGAGCAUGAGCGUAUUCAUACUGGUGUGAGACCUCAUGUGUGCUCUGACUGUGGGAAGACCUUUAUUUCAUCCACCAACUUAAAAAUACACAAGAGAAUUCAUACUGGAGAGAAACCGUACAAGUGCUCACACUGUGGAAAGAGAUUCACUCAGUCAGAUUCCUUGAAAAGUCAUGAGAGAAUUCAUACUGGAGAGAAACCUUAUGGGUGCUCACACUGUGGAAAGGGUUUUGCUCGGUCAGAUUCCUUGAAAAUUCAUGAGAGAGUUCAUACUGGAGAGAAACCUUACGGGUGCUCACACUGUGGAAAGAGUUUCACUCAGUCAGAAUCCUUGAAAUAUCAUGAGAGAAUUCAUACUGGAGAGAAACCAUACAAGUGCUCACACUGUGGAAAGAGUUACCCUCAGUCAAAAUCCUUGAAAAUUCAUGAGAGAAUUCAUACUGGAAAGAAACCUUAUGGGUGCUCACACUGUGGAAAGGGUUUUGCUCGGUCAGAUUCCUUGAAAAUUCAUGAGAGAGUUCAUACCGACGAGAAGCCGCCCCAGUGCUCUUAAUGUGAAGAGUUUCGCCAAUCUAUCUAAUCUAUGGACUUGUAUGAAAAAGCAUUGCCUGAAGGUGUCUUAAGUGAACAAAGUUCAUGUUCUGAUUCAUAACUUUCAAGUAAAUAGUUUGAUUUUCAAGGU